AUGUUGGGGAACAUCAAAUUCAUUGGAGAACUUGGAAAGCUUGAUCUUAUUCAUGAAUCUAUCCUUCAUAAGUGCAUCAAAACACUUUUGGAAAAGAAGAAGAGAGUCCAACUCAAAGAUAUGGGAGAGGAUUUGGAGUGCCUCUGUCAGAUAAUGAGGACAGUGGGACCUAGAUUAGACCAUGAACGAGCCAAGUCCUUAAUGGAUCAGUACUUUGCCCGAAUGUGCUCCUUGAUGUUAAGUAAGGAAUUGCCAGCGAGGAUUCGUUUCCUGCUGCAGGAUACUGUAGAGUUGCGAGAACACCGUUGGGUUCCUCGCAAGGCUUUUCUUGACAAUGGACCAAAGACGAUCAAUCAAAUCCGUCAAGAUGCAGUAAAGGAUCUAGGAGUGUUUAUUCCAGCUCCUAUGGCUCAAGGGAUGAGAAGUGACUUCUUUCUGGAGGGACCGUUCAUGCCACCCAGGAUGAAAAUGGAUAGGGACCCACUUGGAGGACUUGCUGAUAUGUUUGGACAAAUGCCAGGUAGUGGAAUUGGUACUGGUCCAGGAGUUAUCCAGGAUAGAUUUUCACCCACCAUGGGGCGCCAUCGCCCAAAUCAGCUCUUCAAUGGCCAUGGGGGACACAUCAUGCCUCCCACACAAUCGCAAUUUGGAGAGAUGGGAGGCAAGUUUAUGAAAAGCCAGGGGCUAAGCCAGCUCUACCAUAACCAGAGUCAGGGACUCUUAUCCCAGCUGCAAGGACAGUCGAAGGAUAUGCCACCUCGGUUUUCUAAGAAAGGACAGCUUAAUGCAGAUGAGAUUAGCCUGAGGCCUGCUCAGUCGUUCCUAAUGAAUAAAAAUCAAGUGCCAAAGCUUCAGCCCCAAAUAACUAUGAUCCCUCCUAGUGCACAACCACCACGCACUCAGACACCACCUCUGGGACAGACACCUCAGCUUGGUCUCAAAACUAAUCCACCACUUAUUCAGGAAAAGCCUGCCAAGACCAGUAAAAAGCCUCCACCCUCAAAGGAAGAACUACUUAAGCUAACUGAAACUGUUGUGACUGAAUAUCUGAAUAGUGGAAAUUCGAAUGAAGCUGUCAAUGGUGUAAGAGAAAUGAGGGCUCCUAAACACUUUCUUCCUGAGAUGUUAAGCAAAGUAAUCAUCCUGUCACUAGACAGAAGUGAUGAAGAUAAAGAAAAAGCAAGUUCUUUGAUCAGUUUACUCAAACAGGAAGGCAUAGCCACAAGUGACAACUUCAUGCAGGCUUUCCUGAACGUAUUGGACCAGUGCCCCAAACUGGAGGUUGACAUCCCCUUGGUGAAAUCAUAUUUAGCACAGUUUGCAGCUCGUGCCAUCAUUUCAGAGCUGGUGAGCAUUUCAGAACUAGCUCAACCACUGGAAAGUGGCACCCAUUUUCCUCUCUUCUUACUUUGUCUUCAGCAACUAGCUAAAUUACAAGAUCGAGAGUGGUUAACAGAACUUUUUCAACAAAGCAAGGUCAAUAUGCAGAAAAUGCUCCCAGAAAUUGAUCAAAACAAGGAUCGAAUGUUGGAGAUUUUGGAAGGAAAGGGACUGAGUUUCUUAUUCCCACUUCUCAAAUUGGAGAAGGAACUAUUGAAGCAAAUAAAGUUGGAUCCAUCCCCUCAAACCAUAUAUAAGUGGAUUAAAGAUAACAUCUCUCCCAAACUUCAUGUAGAUAAAGGAUUUGUGAACAUCUUAAUGACUAGCUUCUUACAGUAUAUUUCUAGUGAAGUAAACCCACCCAGUGAUGAAACAGAUUCUUCCUCUGCUCCUUCCAAAGAACAGUUAGAGCAGGAAAAACAACUACUUCUUUCUUUCAAGCCAGUGAUGCAGAAAUUCCUUCACGAUCAUGUUGAUCUACAAGUCAGUGCCCUCUAUGCUCUUCAGGUGCACUGCUACAACAGCAACUUCCCAAAAGGCAUGUUACUCCGCUUUUUUGUUCACUUCUAUGACAUGGAAAUUAUUGAAGAAGAAGCUUUCUUGGCUUGGAAAGAAGAUAUAACCCAAGAGUUUCCAGGGAAAGGCAAGGCUUUGUUCCAGGUGAAUCAGUGGCUAACCUGGCUAGAAACUGCUGAAGAAGAAGAAUCAGAGGAAGAAGCUGACUAA